GGCGCUUAUGCGCGUUAGGGAAUGUGGUGAGGCUGCGGCAGUGGCGACAGUGUAAGGCGGGAAAGUUGUCUGGCAUGGAGGCGGAGGAGCAGCAGGCGCGCCACUACCAGCUGCUGGGGCAGCUGCAGCUGCGCCUCAGAGAGCUGCCCAGUGUCUACCAGCAGCGGCUGACGUACGACAUGCUGAGCGACUUGGCGCUGGCGCUCAUUGACGGUACCGUCUACGAAAUCGUACAGGGCCUCAAAGACAUCCAACAGCUGACGGAGAAGAACCUCUACAGCCAGCGCCUCAAGCUGCACAACCAGCACCGGGUCUUAAAGCAAGAUCUGCUGCGGAGGCAGCAGGAUGCGCUGCAGAGCUGCAAGCCUCACAACACGGCUCUGCUGCAGUCAGCCCAGCAGCGGGAGAUGGAGGCUCUUGAGAAGAGGAUAAAAGCAGAGCAGAAGAGCAUGGACGAGCAUGUUGUGUUGGAGCUGGACCAAAAGGUGGAGGAUCAGCAGAGUACCCUCGAGAAGUCCGGAGUCCCUGGGUUCUACGUCACACAGAAUCCACAAGAGAUCACGCUGCAGCUGCAGCUUCUGUCCCUCAUCAUGAAGGUGCAGGAGGGCCACACGGAGCAGGAAGGAACGUGAUGGCCGUGACUCUCCGUCUUGGCGCGAUGCCGUCAAGAGGCAAACAACAACUGCACCAUACCCACCUCUGUGUUUGAAUUUGGCACAGUGGAGGACGCCACUGACUAUGAGCACGUUAUCUUCGUGGCACUGUGAUAGUGCUUGACUCACGAUCAUAAGAAGGUUGUGGGUUCACAUCAUACUUGGGCGUUAACCUAUCAUCCUAAUCUGAAUGUGUGCAGCCUUAUGCCAAUCCAGUGCUGGUUGAGGGCCUCCCCAUGCCUUGCGAGCCAUGGGGGUAUAUGACCAUACUUUACCAUACUGGUAAAUGCAGAUUGUUGAAGGCAGGCAGUGAAGAUAUAGAAGCAUUGGAUUUUGUGCGCUGCCAACACUCGUCAUGGUAUGCUGCUCGCCAAUUCAAGCAAUAAUCACGUGCAAGCCUGCUUAGCUUCUGAGAUCAUAUAUAGAAAUUAAUGAUGGUAUAUAAAAUGAAAUUGUUAUUAAGACAUUGGGUGUAUUAUGGGUUAUUUGUUCAUAAACAUCCCUGUAGCAGGAAUGAGGGGAGUACCACUUUGAGGACGUCAACAGUGAUCAUUCAGAGACAUCGUGGUAAUUUGGAAUUUCCACUUUCAGAAUAACUUGAGUUUUCACGUGGGUAGGGCAGGUGUUUCCCAGAAAUACUUAUGUGUAAAAGUUCAAGAUUAUUUUCGACAAAAACUAAUCGUUUAUUAGCAAAUUAAACUUUUCCACUUCCAACCAUAUUUGGUGGUGUAUUUGCGCUCGUACUAAAUUCUCACACGGACUUUAGGGCAAGCCCAUAAGUCCCGUGGCUCGUGGGAACGUGACAGUGCUUGACACAACAUCAACAACACCAACUUGCAUUUGCAAGGUGACCUUCACGUAACAUCUCUCACAACAACGGAGGUCACCCAGCCCCCCGCUUAGUUUAACUUCAAGGUUACGGGAAUCCCUUUGUGACGCGUGAAGUACGGUGUCUGCAGGGUUUGCUCACUGCCCGGGGCAGGUGUAAUACCUGCGUGGAGAAUGAAAUCCGUUAUUUUGCAUUGUUAAGAGUACAGCUUUUUGUAUGACCUCACCAUGCAUUAUGGUCAUGUUAAGUUGGCCAGCAAUUACCAUUUACUGUGAAAAUCUGAUUUUUGUGAAAGAUGUCUGCAUGUGUUUUUAGUAUGAUGGUUACUAAAUUCUGAUGAAUAAAUUAUGGAGAGCAAAUGUG